UUCAGGGUCCUGAGGUUUAUUCAGCCCGCAGAGCAGCGUUUUUAGCAGCAUCAUGGCGGCGCCCACCCGAGCACAGGUGAUUUCUCUUUACAAGAUGAUGCUGACAGAGAGCAAGAAGUUCCCUUCGUACAACUACAGGACCUAUGCACUGCGGCGGGUUCGUGAUACCUUCAGGGCCAACAGGACAGUACAGGAUCCAAAUACAGUGGAGAGACUGGUGGCAGAGGGACAGCAGACAUUGGCACUGAUACAGAGACAGGUUGCCAUCGGGAAGAUGUUUGAGACCCAGAGGACCGUGGUGGAGGAUUAACCCCUCGCUGUCUGACAGGAUGUGACAUCAGCAACCAGCCCGCUUCCCCUUCGACUCAGACACUGCUGGAUUUGUCAGUGGGAGGGGGUGUGAAAUGCAUUGUGGGAGGUGUAGGACAGAGUAAAGUACCUGCAGUUUGUUUGGACUUUAGCCUGUAAAUUGUUUUUUGUUUUAUGGAUGCACCAGUCAAAUUUUUCCGUGAUCACUGAUCAAUCACAAGCCGAAGUCAAGCUGUGUUUAUAAAAAAUGAAGCUGAUGAUGUUGUUUGACCAAAGACUCGUUUUACUUCUCAAACUGUGUCCUUUGAGACCAGCGAGCGUAAAAGUUCAUCCGAUUCAACUCAUUCUUCUUCCAUUUGAGCUCAUGUGUUUGUCUGGUUAGUAGAUUGUCGUCUGAUGUAAUGAAUAAAGUUAUAUACAAAUGC